AUGAUGAGUUUGUCGACGGGCGCGGCGGUGCUGGUGGCGCUCCUGGUGGGCGUGGCGGGCGCCCUCUACGCCUACUUCACGCGCCAUUUUGGCUACUGGCGCCGCCGCGGCGUGCCGUACCUACGCCCGCUGCCCGUCGCCGGCAACCUCAAGGAUGUGUUGCUCUUCCGGAAGCCGUUCGGAAUUUAUCUACUCGAGAAAGUAUUUCUUUAUCGCUUUACAACACUUAACUAUUUCCUAGAUAUGGAUGGUGACGUACUCGUGGCCCAAGCAUUGAGCUUUCUCGCAGCUGGUUUUGACACGACAUCCACAACCAUGAGCUAUGCUCUGUAUGAACUGGCCAUGAAUGAAGACAUACAAGAGCAACUGCGUACGCAGCUUCAAGAAACAAUGCAAAAACACGAUGGGAAACUCACUUAUCAAGCAUUACAGAGUGUGAAUUACUUGGAUAUGAUUUUCUCAGAAACCCUUCGGAAGUACCCGGUCUAUCCCUUCCUGGACCGCACGUGCACCAAAACGUACCGCGUGCCGGGCACCGACAUCGUCCUGGACAAGGGCGUGUUCGCCUUCACCAGCAUCCUCGGCAUCCAGAGGGACCCGCAGUACUUCCCAGAGCCCGAGCGCUUCGAUCCGGAGAGGUUCUCCGACGCCAACAGAGGCAACAUCCCCAGCUGCUGCUUCAUGUCCUUCGGGGAGGGGCCCCACAAAUGCCUGGGACUUCGCCUUCGGGUACUUGCAAGGAAAACUGGGAAAUUUGCCCAUAUUAUACUCAACUACCGAGUUCACUUCUUGUGCAUCAACGCCUAAAAAAAUGCGGAAUUCAAUCUUCACAGCUUCUUAAUUUCUCCUCGUGGACGGCGUACCUUUGAAGUUCACUCGCGUCACAAUGUUGAAGAAAAUGGCAACUUAACAAUGAAACACUUCUAAAUGAACUGAUAAAGCUCUUACUUUAAAGUCUACAUAAAUCUUACAAAUUUUGGUUAAAAAAAUAUGGCUGUACUGAUUCCAAAAUGGUUCAGUAGUAUUUACUCUUUAGAUAUCCAUAAGAAACGACCAAAGUGGCCAAUCUAUUGCGUUUAGAUGAAUUGAUGAUACAAUUCGAUGCGGCAGAACUGAGGUUAGUCUAACGCUCAGGGAAACUAAUUACAAAUUUACCAAAGAAAAUAAAUUAUACGUGAAACCAUCAGACAAUAAGUUGCAGAUCCCAGCAUUCUACUAUGCUCUUUUGACACACAUGUUGCCUGGUUUUUGAGGAGUGUUAGGGUAUGAUCUCAACUUAUAAUGGCCAAAUGGACACUUUUGGAGAAAGAGUAACUUUCUUGUAAUUUUGUGACACAGACAAUAUUUUUCUGAGUGAAUGUAAUCUCACUUGUUAUUCACUAACUGUACUUGUUAUAUUGAAAAUAAAAAUGAUUGUGAUGUCCAGAAAUAUGUUACUGAACUGCAAUCUUCGGAAUAUUUUUGAUGUCAAUAUGAUGUUAAACUUCUUUUUAUAUAUAGUUGAGAGCAGGAAUUUUAAACUGUUGAUAUUAAUAGUAAGAAUGUUCACUUGUUUAGCUUGUUGCCGUGUUGAGAGUUAUACACGUUAUAAACUACUGUUAAAAUAAAUAUACUUGAAAUAUAUAUUGGUAUUUUCUAAUGCGCGCAGAAAUUGUAAGAAAACUACCUAGCCUACGACUUUUGAUUGGUAACUAGUUGCGUUAGAUGCUCAGGAACUCGUAAAAUCCCAAAAACCUUUUUAUUACUAAUGUGCGCAGAACAGUAAAAGAAAAGUAUGCAGCCUUUAGCCAUAAAAAAGGUAACUAUAAAAAAAUUGUACAUCAGUAAAAUCUCUAAACUGCUAAAAAAUAUUUAUAAUACCCAUAAAAUUGUU